UGCUGAGCGUUAUUUGUAGCUCGGUUGGAAAAACACGGUUUUAGAAAAAUGUGAAAAUGUUUGUUUCUAGAAGUAUUAUCACACUUCUGCGAAUAAAUCGGUUAAUCAACAGAACCCUUCUGCAUAUGCCUCUUCCAUCUACUCAGAUUCUGGUGUCCAAAUUCCACGGAUCCUUGACGGAACAAGCGCAGCCGCGUUCUUCUGUAUCGUACGAACCCCGUACGAAUGACAAUACUCUUCGUGCUCUGCAUUCAUUCCCCUACGCGAAGGAUAUUCUCCUAUACCUGGCAGCUCUGCUUCAAGAACACGCGGAUCGGAAUGUCCUCCAGUUAACCAUCGACGUCCGUAAACUGCCCGCCGGUGGCUUAACGUUUUGGGAAGCCGUCGUGUCGUUAAAAUGGCCAAACAGUCUGGUGUUUUACGGGAAGGGCGCCACCAAAGGAGAAGCUACCCGGAUUGCAUGUGCCAACGCUUGUGCCAGUUUGAAAUCUAUGGGGCUCUUGGAUAGGAAUAAUAAACCGAUUCUGUACACUUGGGACGGUGCGCAAGAAAUCAAGAAGAAGCGCUAUGCGCCGUCCAAAAUCACUCUAGCUGAGAAAUCCUUGGCCGAUAUCGAAAACUGGAACCGGAAAUUCUUUGAAGAUGUCCUCAUUUUCAAAGAAUGCGAGGAAAGCCGUGAAUCGUUUCCGCUGCCCGAAGAAGUGAAAGAAGUGAUGGAAGACGGUGAAAUCGAAUUCACGGACCUGAUCACCGGAGAACCCUUGAAAAGUAUGCGAUCUCGUUUCGAAAUGGAAAACACCAAUGAUGAUCUUUACGCAGCACAUAUUAGGCAGAAAAACUCUCAGGAUUCUAAGAUCAACGCUGUUCUGGAUUUUCGGAAAUCAUUACCAGUUUACAUGAAGCGUGAAGAAAUCUUAGAAACGAUAAAGGAAAAUCAAGUCACUCUGAUAAGUGGUGAAACUGGUUCGGGGAAAUCCACACAAAUACCACAGUAUUUGUUGGAAAGUCUGGUGGAAUCCAAUCGCGGAACCGAUGCCAGGAUAGUCGUAACUCAGCCACGUCGAAUCUCCGCUAUAUCCUUGGCUGAACGGGUAGCUUUCGAGCGCAACGAGGAACUGGGACGUUCUGUUGGUUAUCAAGUCCGACUGGAAUCGACUCUGCCGCAGGAUCCUGGAUGUGUGUUUUUUUGCACAACCGGCAUCCUUCUGCGUCGUUUACAGACAAAUCCCACCUUGAAAGGCGUUUCGCAUGUUAUUGUGGACGAAGUUCAUGAACGCGAUGUUUUAAUUGAUGUGCUACUGUCCUUGCUCAAGAAUGCCGUUAAAUCCAAUCCGGAUGUGCGUGUUGUCCUUAUGUCGGCGUCUUUCAACUCGGAUUUGUUGAGUCAGUAUUUUGAUGAUUGCCCAGUCGUCCAGGUGGAGGGAUAUCUGCAUCCAGUACGGGAAUUUUUCUUACCGGAAGUUUGCAAAUUUCUUGGUGGCUCUGCAUUGGGCAAAGAUAAUAAUGAUCCGAGGACAGAUUUAGAUUUAGUCUUGAAGUUAAUCCAGCAGAUCGAUGCGGUGCGACCAGAAGGUGGAAUACUGGUCUUCUUGCCGGGUUGGCAGGAAAUCAAGCAGCUAAGAAAUCGUAUUCAAACGUCGUUUUAUCGAAGUGACCGGCAUAAAAUCCUGGUAUUGCAUUCGAUGGUUUCGUUAGCUGAUCAGCAUCGUGUUUUUGAAAAUGUGGGGCCUCAUCAGCGCAAAAUAGUAUUAGCAACGAAUAUUGCGGAGACCGCAAUUACGAUUAAUGAUAUCCGCUAUGUGGUAGACGUCGGCAAUCAGCGCGGCCAGACCUUUAACCCAGAACGCGGGAUCGCGACACUGGAUAUUCAGUGGAUCUCCAAGGCCAAUGCAUUGCAGCGACGUGGGCGAGCUGGUAGAGUGCGUUCCGGAGAAUGCUAUCGUUUGUACAGUAGAGAGCGCUACGAUGAUAUGGAGCCGUUCCCUGAGCCGGAGAUAAGACGGACGGCUUUGGAGAAGGUAAUCUUGGAUGGAAAGCUGUUCUGCCAGCCGACAACUCGAGCCAAGGAUUUCCUUAGCCAGUUACCGGAGCCACCCGAACUGGAGGGCAUUGAAGCAGCGGUUGAUGAGCUUAUUGAACUGCGAAUUUUGAAUUCCGACGAGUCGUUGACCGUAAUGGGGGAGCGAGCAGCACAUUUUACCACGCAUCCCCGACUUUCCAUCGCUCUGGUUUAUGCGGCUCUUUUGCGAUGUCUCAAUCCCGUUUUGAGCAUUGCGAGUUUUCUGACCACAAAUCGUGAUCCCUUCGUUGGUCGACUGGAUAAUAAGGCACAAAUCAAGAGCUUGAAGGAGAGAUUCGCCGGCGGCACAGAGAGCGACCACAUUGCGCUGACGAAUUUCUUUUCUACCUGGCUGGAAACGGCAAACAACGAAGCCCAGUUGGAAGAGUUUACUGAGAGUUUUGCGGUUGAAAAGGAUCAUAUGAAGUUCAUCGAUGGUAUCCGGCAAGUUUUGGCAGGGCAUUUGUUUCAGUGCUUUCUUCUGGAAAAUGUCGACGAUGCGAUGGAUCAGAAUUCAGCCGUGAAUGAAUUCGCCCGUAACACCGCGUUCAUCAAAGCAGCUUUGACCGCCGGAGUUGGUAAUCAUGUUCUCAAAACCAGCUACGGAUUGAUCAAGAAAGGACGGAUAAACAAGAAUCUUGUGAUAACUUUGCCGGAAACCGAUACGCUGGUCGAGCUUAGCAAGGAGUCCGUUUUAUAUGACGUUAACGGAUUGCGCCAUCCAUGGCUUGUUUAUCACUCGAAAUUUAAAUCCGGGGAAACGCGGAAAACGAUUGUUCGGGAUGUGUCGGUGGUGCCAAUGUUAACGAUGGUAUUGUUUGGAGGAAAAGAUCUGAAAAUGGUAGAGAAGGAUGACGACGAAGAUGUUUUACUGUUUUUUGAGGGCAAUGAACGGGUGGCGUUUACUGCGGAGCAGAAAAUCGCUUCAGCGUUGUUUGAGUUGAGACAGAAUAUUUCAGAUUUAGUGGAUAUGACUCUUACGCGUGGAGAAACGCAGUCGGAUGAGUUGAGUGCUUUGUGGGAUUCUUUACGAGAACUAUUGGCGGAAAUAAUACCUGUGUGAUAUGACACGUUGUUGCUGUUUGUUAUUAAGAGCAGCCAGCAGGAUAGACAGAAUUGCUAA